GAAAAGCGAAAAGACAAACAUUGGGACUCUCUCCAACUGCAUAUAUCACACUUUUCAUCAACGCAUUGCCAUCUGUAUUUGUAUGUAGUAGCUUUCAUUUUCUUGGUACUCUCUGAUUCGCUUCUAUUCACUCCAUGACUCGCCGCAAGCGAUCAUCUUCAUCCCCCUCUUCAACCAGCAAAUUCGACGUCUUCGAGUUCAACAAAGAAGACGAAAACAUCGAGAAGUUAUCUCAGAGGAUGUGCACCAAAUUCGCAAACCCUAGCGCCUCUCGCUCUUCUCCCAUUACCAAAUACCACUUCCUCCAAACCUUUGCGCGCGGUUCCGAACCUCUACACAAGCUUGUCACCGCUGAUCCUAUUGAUCUUGACGCUGAACAAGACGAAGAAACGAAGUGCUCACCGGAGGAAGUUGCCGAUAAGCCGUUAGAGGUUUUUGUUGAUGACGACGAUGGUGGUUGUAGUGGUGCUGGUAUUGAUAAUCAAGGAAAAUGUGCUAAUCCGUGUUCAGAUGACGUACCGCUACAACACUGUGUUGACAAAGGGAUUCUUGGCUACACUGGUUUCGUGGACUGCGACUUUGACUUGAAAAAUCAGUCGUUCGAUGUGGUUUCUGAUGACGAUGAUGACAAUAGUCAAUUUAAUUCUUCUUCGACUUCAACUUUGAUAUCUUCAGAAGUUGAAGUUGACUUUGGACAACAGUUUAUGGAGCCUUCUACUGCUUUUGAAAUUAAUGGUGUAGAAAAGGUGGUUGAUGUCAUCCCUGAUUUUAUUCAAUAUGAGGAUAUAUAUUCAACUAGAUCUCGGUUAAUAUUCUCGUCCUGCUCCCUCAGACUGGAAGGCAUGACAAUGAAUGGAACUGGGGGAUCUUUUAAAAUUGAGUGGGCAACUGAAGAUAUUAUAAAAAUUGAAUCAUGCUGGUUUGGAAAGAUUGAAACGGCCUUGAUCAACCUUCUUCUUAAAUCAAGUGAUUAUAUAGAUUCUGGAAAUACAAAUCCAAAUCCAAAUCCAGGAUUUAAGCUGUUAAAGUUUGCUGUUUAUAAUUCAUAUUGGUACAAGGCAGAAGAGGCUAUCAAAUUACUGGAUAUGAGAUACAUGGAUAUAUGGAGUACUUCUGACAUUGAUACAGAUAAUAAUGGAAAUAUUUCUGAAAUGGGACUGGGCAGCUUUUUCUCUCAGAAGCGUUAUUUUCCCAUUUUUGAUGAGGAAUUUGAUGAAGUUAUUUAUCCAAAGGGAGAGCUUGAUGCUGUUUCUAUUAGUAAGAGAGAUAUUGAGCUCUUGCAGCCAGAGACAUUCAUAAAUGAUACCAUCAUUGACUUUUACAUCAAGUAUUUGAAAAAUAAACUCCCAAUCGUUGAACAAGACAGGUUUCACUUUUUCAAUAGCUUCUUCUUUCGUAAGCUUGCUGAUUUGGACAAAGAUCCAUCAAGUGCAUGUGAUGGUAAAGCAGCAUUUCAACGUGUGCGCAAAUGGACAAGGAAAGUGAAACUUUUUGAGAAAGAUUAUAUCUUGAUUCCCAUAAACUACAGUCUUCACUGGAGCUUGAUUGUCAUUUGUCAUCCUGGUGAAGUGGCAUGCUUCAAAGAUGAAGAAAUUAAGGAAUCUUCCAAAGUACCUUGCAUCUUGCACAUGGAUUCCCUAAAAGGAAGUCAUAAAGGUCUCAAGAAUCUUUUCCAAAGUUACCUAUGUGAAGAAUGGAAGGAGAGGCACUGUAAUGUGGUGGAUGAUAUUUCUUCUAAAUUUUUACAUUUGCGAUUCAUCUCACUUGAGCUGCCACAGCAGGAAAAUUUAUAUGAUUGUGGUCUCUUUUUGCUCCACUAUGUGGAAUGUUUUCUGAAAGAAGCUCCAAUCAACUUUAACCCUUUCAUGAUAACCAAGUUCUCAAACUUUUUGAACAGUGACUGGUUCCCUCUGUCAGAGGCUUCUCUGAAACGAUCUCAUAUACAGAACUUAAUUUAUGAUAUAUAUGAAAAUAAUUCUUUGCGAGCACCUCCUUCUUAUUACCUUGAGAAAAGUCUUCCCUCUGAAGUCCCUGGCAUUAUCAAGCACAAAGUGGAAGCAGACUCCCUUGGGGUCUGCUGUUCUCCAGCUAUGUGGUAUGGGAAAAAUAUUUCAAAUUAUACAAUUGAACUGGACGCUGAUAUUAAGUAUCCAACAACUUUGUCCACAAGUGUUGCAUCCUGUUUAAGUGAACCUGGACUAGUUUUCAAGGACUUGCAAGCAGCAGUUGUAACUUCGCAUUCUGAGUGUCUGCAGAUGUCAGUAUGUCAUCGGAGGGGCUUCAUGUCACCAAUAAUGGAAAUUGAAGAAUCUGGCGAGGGAACCGCAAUAUCAUUAGAGAGAGAAAAUUCUCAUGUUGGGAUAUUGGAGUCUGAUUUUAUAUCCACAUCAUAUGUUAGCAAUGAUCAUAAAGCAUCAGAAACCUCGCAGCAUGGAUGCUCUGUAAAUUUUCUGGAAGUUGUUGAGGACCAUUCAUAUUCUAGAAUGUCUACUAGUAGAAUAUCCUGGAACACAUUGAACACCGCUACCGAUGAAGUAAAGCCUCUCGAGAAAUUUGUAGAGUCCAGCAUGCCAGACAAGACAGCACAUGAUUAUUUGUCAACCUCCCGUGUGGAGCUUGCAGAUUCUAUUGUUCAGGAUUCUCCUGAGGCAAAUGAUGGGCUGGAUGUUGAAAUGAGUGUGAAAUCUUGUUCCAAUUUCCAGGAAAAUAUGAAUUUGGCAACCGAUCAAAUAUUUGAUUUGGCUCAGAACACGAGUCUUGAAGAUGAUACUUCAAUUAGCAAGAAAGAACCUCUAGCAGUUGAAUCUGAUGAACGAGAUGCUAAAAGGCCAAAGCAUAUGAAUGCAGGUGGUCCAAGUCGACGAUUCACAAGAAGCAUGUUAAAAGAAGCAUGCGUAAUGUCUUGUGAAUAGUGUUAGCAGCAGCAGGAUGGUUGUAGGCAAAUCAAAAUGUUAAUAGUUAGUUGAAAGCAUUAACCUUGAACCAAAAACGUAGGAUAGAAAAAAGAGUAAACGGUCGUAUCAACAUGUGGCCCUCGAAUGGUGAAUCUAUUUGCGUUAACUCCUUGCCUCGUCUCUCCAGGAUGACAUUCAAAAAUGUUAAUAGCUUUUUUUGUCAUAAUUUUGGUGGGACUGUUUUAAUUUAGACAUGGGCACUCAUACUUCUUAGUGUAAACAUAUCAAGGAGUAUAAAUGUAUAAACGUCGUUUUGCC